AUGAAUAACAUUGUAAAAGAAACUACGAGAAGGAAUUAUCAUUCUGUAGAAAAAAAAAAAAACUCUCAAUCAUACAUCCUUCAUUAGUGCUCAUGCCUUUAUAUAGGGAGUCGAUUACAUAUCAGACAAAAGGAAAAUGUAAGAAGUAUUACAGCUGGAAAGGAAUAUUACAACUGGAGAAAAUAACAAACUCUGCAGAGGAGGAAUAUUCUUCAACAUUCUGUUUGUACUGCAUCCUCUGAGAUGGAAUUCUCAGUUUUAUUUUUCUGCUGUGGUGCAGUGGGUAGACAUACGUUAAUACAGGGCAUCAAAAAGGAACUCACAGAGGAGCUCAGAUUGGCAAUCGCGUCGCACCGUGCAGGAGCUUAAAGCAGCAGGAAUCCAUGUGAAGCGAAGUGAAGGUAAUUCCUUGAGAAACAUAUCUUUUCGUAGAAAUCUGAUCAACUGCGUCCAGGGAGUCCUCUCGCUUCCUCCACUAAUAGUGGAUGACUCAACGGGGCCGAAGUUCUUGAACUUAAUUGCAUACGAAAUGUGUCUGGACUUCGAUAACGACUUCGGCAUCACCUCUUACGUAUCUUUCGUCGAUUCACUCAUCGAAAACACCAACGACGUCAAGGAACUACGAAAAGCACACGUUUUCUUCAACCUCCUCGGCAGCGACGAAGAAGUGGCUAAGCUCUUCAAUGAGAUAGGCACCGACUUGGUGCCUGACCUCGACGAGCAUAAGUACGUCAGGACUCAGAUUCAGAAAUACUACGACAACAAAAUCAUGGUCUGGAUGGCUGAAUUAUUUCACGAUAUUUUUAGCAGACCCUGGAAGGUUGUUGCUUUUUUCGGUUCAUUAUCCGCGCUAGUUCUAAUCGCCACUCAGACUUUGCAUUCUCCAUCUGGCCCCCAUGCGAUAACUUCUGCAAGAAAUUCACUCGAAGCCUAUGAGAUCGCGCGAGGAAGGCGUUUCUUCUUAAUUAUGAAAGAGUUGUCACUUCAACUCAAAGCUGCUAGGUCCUCCCGAUCAAGACCACAUCACCAUUAAUAUAUGUAAUAUUGUGUUUGCGAGGAAAUAAUUAUGAUCAAUAUGAUUGUGUGUGUUGAAUGAUGUGUGUUGAAAAUAAUAUCAAAUCAAAUUAUCUUGAUUUGAUUUUCAUAAUGUUUAAGAUAUUUAUCUUAUCCCAUUUCAAUGUAAUUUCUCUAUAAAUAAAGAUG